GGCCCCGCUUCCCUGGCUCACCUGAGGAGGUGGAUUGAGCUGAGGGCAGGGGCUUCCCUGACCUGGCGCCAGGCCCACGAAAGGGAAAAGGUCGUCCCCGUCUGCCCAGUCGGGCGACUGUGUGCGUCCGCGCUGCUCCCCGGGAUCCCGGGGCGGGGAAAGCGGCGGCCCCCACGGGGAUUCGGUUUGGGAGGAAGAGGACGGGAGCGCGUGCCCAGCAGCAGCAGCUGACGCUGGGAACUGGGCGAUUGCUCCCGGGAGGUCCGCCGGAGCCGGGCUCGGGAGCCGUGCAUGGUGCCCCGCGGAGAGCAGUGGAGGGAAGUCGUGGGCCUGCCUGCCCUCCUCACAGGCGUUCCUUCUUCCAGCUCUUUAGCAGAAAUGAAGACUGACCUGAAGUUACUGUUGGAAUGCCUGAAGUAUCACAUGGGCAACCCUUUGUCACAGAAGGAGGUUCUGAUCACGAUUCAUUCAGUUUGUAAACAAAACAGUGAUGCAGGUAUUUAUUUCCGGGAAAUUGGUGGUUUGAUGUUUAUAAUAAACCUUGCAAAGUCAAGUGAGCAGAGCUUGGUAAAAGAAGCAGCCUUAUACACAUUAGGAUCCAUUGCAGAAGAAAAUGUUUACUGUCAGCAAUCUUUGUGUACUUCAGAAUUAUUUCAAGAUUUAACCGGGCUCUUAACUAAUGAUGAUUCAAGCACAAAUUUGAAAAGAAUGUCUGUCUAUGUUCUUUUGGUUCUGGUUUCAAAUAAUAGAAAUGGACAAACUCUUGUGAGAGAAGUGGGUUGUAUUGAAAUUCUGUCACAGAUGUUCAGGACAGUUCUUUCCAAUUAUGAGUUGAAUUUGUCAGAUAAUAGUGUUUUCCAGAGCUAUCUGUUAUGGUCGUCUGUGUGCAGUACUCUGUGUGUAUGUGUCAACAAUCCUCAAAAUGAUGAGAAUCAAAUGCUUUGUUGUUCACUUUUUCCAUGUGUUAAUGAAUGGCUAAUGAACUGCAUGAGACCUGAGGUAAUUCGACCUAUAUGCUCAUUUAUUGGACUUACUCUUGCAAAUAAUACACAUGCUCAGAACUGCUUUGUAUCUUCGGGUGGACUGGAUGUUUUGUGUCAAGUUCUUGUGCAGCUGGAGUCUGAUUCACACAAUACUCUUUCCAGUGCUAAGCUUGCAGUCAUAGUGACAAAGACCAUGGAUGCAUGUAUUACUGAUAACUCAGCUGCUUUUACAGUGGUAUUAUCCAAGUACCGCAUUGUUUCUACACUUCUGGCAUUACUGCUUCAUGAAAGUCUUGAUUCAAGAGAAAAAUUUAGCAUCAUACUUGCCAUUGGUCACUGCACGGAGGAUUGUGAGAAAAAUCAGUAUGAACUUUUAAAAAACCAUGGGCUUCCACUGAUGAUACAAGCCUUAACUGAGUUUAAGAAUGAAAACCUAAGCAAAGCUGCCACUUACGUGCUUCACAACUGCAAAAAAAUUACUGGGAAAUUAUCUCUAAGUCUAGGACAGAAUUCUCUUGGUGAAAAUGAAACUGAACUAAAGGAGAUAAGCGGAAAAGAGACUCUUAGAGAGCACUGGAAGGCAGCAAAGGAAACUCUGUGCAGAAUAAAACAAUUUGAAAAAGGAGGGAAAGAGGAGAAGCAACAAAACAGGAGUGAACAAUAUAAGGAUAAUACCCCAUCUAUGAAAGUAAACAUACAGACCAAUUUGAAACGUCUCUGUGCAGAUAGUACUGGAGGUACCAGAGCAGAAGAUAAGGAUAUAAACCAGGCUAGAGAGCUUCGCAGCUAUAAGCCCAGUGAAAUCAUGUCUAAAGCUUGUGCAAAUGAAAACCAACUGACGACUCUGAAAAAGAACACAAAUCCAGUUAACACGUUCUGUAAGGAGAAAGGGCAGAAUAAGAUUGUACAUGAAACCACUCCAAGCUGUGCUCAAAACUUAAACGAGGAAAAAACCUUUGACCAAAAGGAUUCUGUUUCUCAAUCAAGUGACCGGGUCCUUAAACAUCUGCCUCAUACUGUCAAAAAUAGAAAGCAGGUACCAGAAACAGAUCCAUUUACAUUGUGUUUAGACAUAAUAGAUAGAGAAGUUGGUACUCAAGCAACUGACAGCUGUUCCAGAAUGUUAAAAUAUAAGUGCUCAGGUUGCAUAGUAGUAAGAAAACUCCUCAACAGCCGAAAUUUUAGCAAGCUUUUGCACUCUUGUGCAUACCAGUGUGUUCACCAUAAAGUCAUUAUGGAAGCCGAAGACAAAUAUAAAAAUGAACUAAGGAAAACAUUUAUCUGUGCAAAAAAAAUUUUGCUGACUCCCUGUAGAAGAAGACAACUUUGUAAAGAAUCUACUGCCUCUGAAGAACUAAAAAUUGUUCAUCAAAAACCAGAUAGUAAAAAACUUCCAGGUUUGGAGGCACAGGCCUUAAAUACCAACAUUCCAGAGGCUAUGGAAAGAAGAUCACCAGUUCCAGGCCAGAGUGGACUACAUAGUGAGUUUGAGGCAACCCCAGGCUACAUAGGAAAAGCCCAUCUCAAAAAAAGAAAAAGAAAGAAAAAAGAAAACCUACAAACUUCUUUUAGCAUGAUGUGACCUGUUUUGUUUUUACAUUUUGUUAAGCUAAGAAGCCUUACAGAUAGUAUGCAUGAACGUCAAAAAACUCUUAUUCUUAAAAACAACGAAAACUGGUAUUCAAAAUAACAAAUGUUGGUAUUCUUCUCUGUGAAGUUAUGGAGCCUUUGGGAAGACCGUAUCUGUGAGAUCCAUAAGCCGUUUGCUAACCGUUC